CUCAGUCCAGGACAACACGGUCCACCAGUCACAGACCUGCAGGACGAUGGAGAACCAGAACCCGGACCACAGGAGCCAAACAGCAGCCUCGUGCUCUGAUAGCACCGAUGUUCAGAAACGGAGAGGAGGAGUGGGACUAAAAUAUCAGCACUGUGACAAAUCCUUCACAACAUCAUCUUCAUAUUUAAAGAUUCAUCAGAGGCUUCACACUGGAAAGAAACGGUACAGCUGUGACCUGUGUGGGAAAGCUUUCACUAGAUCACAUGAACUAAAAAUACACACACGUGUUCACACUGGAGAGAAACCGUACAGCUGUGACCAGUGUGGGAAAGCUUUCACUAGAUCAGGCGACCUAAAAACACACCAACGGGUUCACACUGGAGAGAAACCGUACAGCUGUGACCAAUGUGGGAAAGCUUUCACUAGAUCAGAUAUUCUUAAAGUCCACCAACGUGUUCACACUGGAGAGAAACCGUACAGCUGUGACCAGUGUGGUAAAGCUUUCCCUACAUCAGGUGACCUAAAAACACACCAACGUGUUCACACUGGAGAGAAACCGUACUGGUGUGACCAGUGUGGGAAAGCUUUCACUACAUUAGGUCACCUAAUAGGACACAGACGUGUUCACACUGGACAGAAACUGUACUGGUGUGACCAAUGUGGGAAAGCUUUUGCUCAUCGCAGUCACUUUAAAAUCCACUGACAGUCAAGCUGCUUCCUGAGUUCCGAGUCAAGCAAGCUGCUUCCUGUGAAUCUGGUGUGAAUCACCAGAAACCACACAAUACGAUAUUAUCACGAUAUUAAGUCACAAUAUAUUAUGAUUUUAACCUUUUCAUAUUCAGAUAUCCUACAAUAUAUUGGCAUUUAUUACCUUUUUCCAA